UUGCUUAUAGUCUACCGUACGAGAGCAAGCAAAGCGGAGGCCAUGUUGGCAAUCAGAUGAUCUCUUCGUGGCCCAGGCCAACUUUUGUGGUGGUGUCUAGCUCUAGUAGCUAGUAGAGUGCUGGGGCUAGUGGUCAAACAACAUCAAGACUGGAAAGCUCAAGUGGACGUGAGAGGACACAAUCUGUCGUCAGGCGUCUACCCUCGGCAGCAAUAGACUAGGUCUAAGUAUCUAGCUAGUAGGACUAGCAAUCUUUCGUUGGCAUUUCUCGUGGGAGUAGAGGUAGACUUUUGAAAACUGGCUGUCAUCAAGCAUGAGGUGUACCGUUUCACGUACGCUCAGCUCCGCCGUCGUGGGAUGUUGGCUGCUUUGCAGUGGAGAAGGCGUCACGGCAUUCCUCUCCUCUCGCACUUGCACUCGCACUCGCACCGGUACAAGUACAACAAGACCAAGAACACCAACGUUGAAAUGGAACAACGGCAGUCAUGAUCAGGAUCAGGAACAUGAUCAGGAGGACGAAACAGUACGAGUAGACUCCCGUCGCAGAGACUUGUUUUCCAGCGCCAUCGCAGCAUCGGCAGUCGCAGCAUCGGCGGCCGUGGCAUCGUGGUCCAUCAUUGACAUGAACCAUGUUCAGCCUGCAAUGGCCUUCACUACGACUCGGCUGACCGCCCAGUGGGAUGCAUCGAGCGGCCUCAAUUCCAACGAAAAGGAAUUCGUCGCCUUCGAUAUGUCCGCCUACACUGCCAUGCGGGACGACCCGUCUCGAACGCCCUUGUUCAAAAAGUCCCUCUUCGAUCGCCUCAAUGCGGGCCGAGGUCCAGGUCGUGGCCCAGAAAGCCAAACAGUGCUGGAUCUGGGCACGGGGCCGUUCGCCUUGUUUGCCAUUAUGGCGGCAGAAAUGGGCGCUGGAAAGGUGUACGCCAUUGAGGCCAAUCCAGAAGUUGCAAACUAUGCCCGAAAGUUCAUCCAGAAACAGGGAUUUGACGAUGUCAUUACCGUCCUGGAUGGAUACUCUACCGAUGUUACCUUGCCCAACAACGAAAAGGCGGAUAUUGUCGUGGCAGAAAUCUGUGGAUCCAUCUCCUCCGAAGAGGGCGCCUAUGGAACCAUUCUCGAUGCCCACAAACGUCUCAUCAAGGACCCCACUAAUGCAGCCAAUUGGAUUCCAAACCGAAUACAAACUUGGGCUGCACCCGCCAGUUACACGCUACACAAUCUCUUUGUUCCCCCAGAAUUUGACUGGACCAAGAUAGCCAACGAGCCUGUCAGGUUCAAUUGUCGAGAUUUAGGAUUGGCGCUGCUGGACGAACCACAGUGUGUGGAAGAUAUUACCUUUGCCGAUAUCGAUAUCCUCAAGAGCUCUACUGGUAGUGGCAGCAAGGGUGGUACUCGUAGCAAAACGUUGUCUUUCAAAGCCUCGGGCGAUCGCAUUACGGACAAUACGUCCGUUUUCUUUGACGAAUAUCGCAAGGGACGACUCGACAAAGAAAAGGCAUCUAGUUUAGCUACGAAGGCGGCCCGGUCUUGUUCUGGCAUUGCCUUUUGGCCGCGGAUCUAUUUGCCAGGCUCUUCGGACUCGAGUGAGUAUGUCAUCAACUCUCGAACACAUCCCGAGGGUGGACCCCAAAAGAGUCAUUGGCAAACCGUUCUGCCCGUUAUGGGCGCCACCCCGGUGGGGGGGAUCCAGGGAGGAGAUGUCAUUGAGGUAACGUGCAACUUUGACACGCCCGAGGGGACCAACAAGAGUCCAAAAUACACUGUAGUGGCAGAAUUUUAAUUAAAAUAACUCGAUGAAUAAUAAUGUAGACUACUGUCCUACAUGUAGCACUUUUCAGGUCGUUCGCGGCGCAGGUUCGAUCCUUCCUAGCUGCUGUAGCUAAUGUGACAUGUACAGUCCCCAAAUCUGCUUUUCAUUCGCCCUCUUUAGCUGCUUGCUUUGGCGAGAUCUUUCUCCUUCC